GGGCCACAAGGCAUCUGCUAAUGGUCAGUCGCUAGCUUGUCCUUGCGACUUCUGCGACUUCAGGACUCCAGCUUCUUCGGCCGGUGGUGAAUCUCGUGCCCAAGUCACUCAGCCGGUCCCUUUCCCGUCACUUGGCUCUUUUGCCUGCGCUCCGUGUUGCACGUAGCACAACUCUUGUCAUUGCUAUUAUCAGUGUUUUGUACCACAACCCAUUCAAGGCACCAGCCAUAAUACUACCGCGCCUCCAUAACUCCAAGACGCUUGGUGCUGCAUUCCAUGUAAACUGGAGAUUUGUGAUCAGUGGACGGCGCAGUUCUGACUGCUUUCCUGCCAAGUUCGCGCGGGCUUCUCUCUUUCUUUUUGUUACCCGCCGAAUCUCCAACCAGACUCCCGAAUCAUCCACAACUUACAAACCACCGUACACAUCACCUCUCGCGCUCAGAGACCCUCCAUCCCUACAGUAAUCGCUUCCGGGCGAACAGUCCUGGGACCCGUGUCUUUGACGGUUGUCCUGACUUCUCUUCCAGUCACUCCUUUGUAACAACAGCGCUGGACCGCCUGUCUAUGUCUUACUCAAUAUUCAAUUCACGAGUUACGACUUCCCACGGCCUGUUACUUGACGACCACACCCCUCCGAUUCUGUAUCAUUACUAAGAUCUCCUGCCGUACUCCGAUCGCGUCCGAAUCGCAGCCGCAACCAUGUUUUGGCGAUUUGGAGGCUACUCCAAUAUAUCCUCCAUCGACACCCUCCUCGAAAAGCCCAAUGUCAAGCUCGAAGAUUUAUUGGAAGAGUCCGACCUCAUUCAGGAGCUCAAGUCGCACCACACCAAAUUGAUAGAAUAUCUGCGCGAUGAAUCAAAUCUACAUGCUCUCCUCAACUACGUUGUUGCACCUGGCCCCAAACCCGAGUCCGAUGAAAACGAGGAGGAUGAGAAGGGCAAAGGCCUCGCAAUGGAUAAUGAGGAUGAACCGCAGCCUCUGGACGAAGAACAAGAGAAGGUUGAGAAGAAGCGCCUGAAAUAUGCCUUUGUCGCCUGUGAGAUCUUGUCCUGCGAGACUUGGUCGAUCACAGAGUCGCUGAUGGCCAACACUCCUUAUCUCACUGAAUUUUGGGAUUUUCUGCGGAGGCCCGCCCCACUAGACCCUCUCCAGGCAGGCUAUUUCACAAAGGUCAACGAGACCCUACUUGAAAAGAAGACUGAGGAGAUGUUGGAUUUCUUCAAAUCUCUCCCGGGAAUCGUUGCGGCUAUUCUCCAGCACGUCGAUUGUCCGAUGGUGAUGGACUUGCUGUUGAAAAUCAUCAGCCUCGAAAAAUCGGAUGGGGGAAUGGGCAUUGUUGACUGGCUGCACGGGCAAGAUCUGAUCCCCAUGCUCCUUUCCAACCUGUCUCCCGAAUGCAACUCCUCGACCCAGACCUCUGCCGGAGAUUUCUUGAAAGCUAUCAUAACAAUAUCUGCGAAUGCGGCUCAAAAUGAGCAAUCCUGUAUUGGCCCGAACAGCCUUACACGCCAACUGGUAUCGGAAAAGUGCAUACGACAGCUUAUUUCAUACAUGCUCAAAGGUGGGAACCCGCUUACAGUGGGCGUGGGGAUUGUAAUCGAAGUUAUCAGGAAGAACAACUCCGACUAUGAUCCUGAUCAAGGUCACAGCGCUGACGCUCCUCCAACUAACCACGACCCCAUCUAUCUCGGCACCCUCCUGAGGUUAUUUGCCCAGCAUGUUCCGGAUUUCAUGAACCUCAUACUCAGCUCCAAGCACACCGUCACCAAAGGCGAGGAGACGAGGGUAGUUGAGAGAGGUCAACUCAAAUCAGCGUGGGGGACCCAAAUCGAGCCUCUCGGCUUUGACCGAUUCAAGACCUGCGAGUUGAUGGCAGAACUACUCCAUUGCAGCAACAUGGGUCUUCUAAAUGAGAGGGGCAGUGAAGAAUUCAUCAAGGCAAGAGACGCCGAAAGAGAGAGAUUGAGAGCGCAAGGGGCUUUUCUGUCCACCAGGCAGUCAGAAGAUUCUACGGUCGACAUUUCGGCGAGUUCGUCGAGGUUCGAAAAUGCGUUCACUCCCUCGGGGUCCACCUCGACAGAAGAACUACGUAUCGCCAACCUCAACGAUGAGGAUGGGUUUGAGAAGGUCGCUGUUUCGGAAGCGACAGACCUCACUUUGGGCUCGAAACCGGAUUCGGCUGAAAACCCAAUACUAUCUCGCCAAUCCCACGAUCAAGCGAAUACGCCGACCGGUGCUCUGGAUGAGACCGUCCGCCGUCUCAGUCUAGAAGACACGGACAUGACUGCGCCCGAUGAGCAUGAAUCAAAGAUUCAGGCUUCAGCUCGGGAGUCACAGCCUGGAGACAUCUCACCUCAUCCAGAGGACAAGCCUGCACCACUGUUCUCCAAAUCGUCGGAUCCUAAUAAGACACCCACAGCAAAUAGCCCAGAGCCGCCCACAAGCCCGUCAACCGUGAAAGUUCGACUUGAUGAAGGGCCCCACGGAGAUCAGCCAGAAGGCGAAUCCUUCCAAUCGACUGAAGAUGACACAAUGCAAGUCGUCCAGUCCGAACAACCCGCUGCAGACGAAGCGCCAGUCGUUGGUGAUUACUUGAAGAUCAUGUUUGUGGAGAACAGGGUGGUUCCAACAAUUUUGAGUUUCUUUUUCCGAUUUCCUUGGAAUAACUUCCUCCACAACGUCGUGUAUGAUGUUGUACAGCAAGUUUUCAACGGGCCCAUGGACCGGGGCCACAACCGAUUCUUAGCAUUUGAUCUCUUCGAAACUGGUCGAAUUACUGACGCGAUAAUUGAAGGUCAGAGACGAAGUGACGAAGAACAACGGGCGAGGAAUAUGCGCCUAGGAUACAUGGGGCACCUGACACUGGUAGCAGAAGAGGUCGUCAAGUUUGGCGAACGACAUCCCAGAGAGUUGCUUUCGCCUGUCGUCCAGGACUAUAUCUACUCUCAAGGUUGGGAGGAAUACGUUACUAAGACACUUGCUGAGACCAGAGAACGCGACAAUGCUAUCCUGGGAGGAUUUCGACCAGACAAUGGUCUUGGCCCCAGACAGGCUGUUCUGAAUGCGGUCAAUGCUGGUCAAGGUUUUGGUGUUUCGAGCGGAUUGGCCAGCGUUGGAUUGGGCGGUGGCCAACAUGCUCUAGACAGCAUCGACUUGUCCAACAAUGGCAGCGCCACCAGUGCUGGCUACAAUUCGAGUGGAUCGGUUUCCAGUGGGUUUGGAAGCUCCUCCGAUGACGAUGACGAAGAUAUGGAUGAUGCGGAGGAUGAAGAGCAUGUGAGGACAGUGACUCAGCUCUCUGCUGCUGAUAGCGGUCUUCCGGCGGAGAAUUCCGAUCAGCCAAUACCUUUACUUCCACCUCCGCCAGCACCACUCAACAUCGAGCCAUCACGUGCUCGCAGACGGUUGGCUGAUCGAUUAGCGAGACACAAACAAGAGGCCGAGCAAGAGGUGGCUGCGUCGGAAUUUGGGUCCGAAGCAGAUGACCCAUUCGCUGCGCUGGGAAACGGCGACGAUAACGAUGCCGGCGACCCGUUUUCGCUGGACGAGGAAGAACAAGAUAUCACGACGUUUGGGAAGCGGAGCAACAUCAACUCCCUAAGUCCAAGCACGAGUGAUCACCACAGCUUUUCAGUAAGCAGAGGUCUGACCAGUCUAUUUUCUUCAACGCCCAGUCGAGAUAUGCAGGGACAAACUUCACAUGAUGAUUUCGACGGGUCACUAGAUGACUCGUCCUCUGAUGGGUCGGGCUCUGACAUUGAGUCGGGAAAUCCACCCCUGGAAGCAAGGACAAGUCUCGAGCGCCGCCCACUGGAGGUUUUUGAAGACGAAGAGAUGGGCGAAAUGGUGACCCCAACGGAAGAAGUCGAGAGCAACAGUUCCGACGAAGAAGUUUUGAGUCCAUUGGAGAAAGAGAAGUUGGAAAACGCGUAUGGAAUGAAUGAUGAUCCCGACGAGCAGGCCUCGGAGUUCGCGGGACAAGCGGACCAUGAUGACGACGAUGAGGAUCAUUUGGUUGAGAUUGCGAUCCCUGCUAGCUCGAAGCGGAGAUCUCGAGGCUGAUGCUUGCCCACGAGCGUGGAAUCCUCAGUUUAGAGGCAACAAGGUGCGCGUGGCAGCAGAGCUCUAGAUGAAUCCAACCGAUUCAAUAGAGCUUCCAUAAUACACCUGGACGGGUCUGCACCAGCCAGCAACGAGCGGACGGAAGAUACAGUGUACAAUUACCGCAUCUUUUGUGAUACCCCCAUACACAUUCGGUCAUGAAGGUACAACAGUGGAAAGGUUUUGGGCACAAAUUACGGGAUGGCAUACCGCAAAUGAGAUGCACCAAUCAACUCCAUGUCUUUCCGAUGAAAGAGCCAGGUUGGGACGAGACGGAUGUGUACCCCAUAAGCGGAUGUCUAAUAUUUUUGGAGACUGGCACUCUAUGGAGAUUAUGUGAAGGUUAGGGAGGUCUACGGGGGUUGAAUGCUCUGCCUGGAGUGAAGGGAAGGCAGCGAGAAACCCGUGGGCACAUUGGAACUACGGUUCUGAUUCCCCCCUCCUUUGUCGAAUCGAUGAUAAUUUCCUCGGUGCAGGCGGGAAGUGGUUGUUGUGUACGAUAGCGGCUCGACGAUGCGCAUGGAUGCAGCUGAUGAUGAAGCGGAGUGGAAUGAGAUGAGCAUUUUCGUGGACGUUGCCCCUGAUCUCUAGCCUUCCCUACUGUGAAACAACAUGAAACAAGUAACAAUAUUACC